AUGGAUGCCAAGGACAUUCUAGGAAUACCGAAAAUUUCACUUCCCCUACCACAAGAAAAGAAAUCGAGACCCCAGGAGGAUUCUCAGAUAAAACCCGAUGGCAUUUCACAAGUCACACGUGUUAGAGUUGUAAAUGGAACUCCACCGACAGGAGAUUAUUCAUUUGCAAAAUACAACAAGUCAUCAAAUGCUUUCUUUUUCUUGUCUUCAUUAUUACCAAUAGUUGUCCAUGGUUCUCUCCCAGACAAUAUCUCUCAAGAGAUAGAGCGUAAGCGUGCAUUUUCCAUGGUUCUCUCCCAGACAAAGCACCAAGAGCGUAAAGAUGCUGAGGUUCUUUCUGAAGCUAAGAAAAUAACUGAGUCACGUAUGGCUGCAAAGGCUGCUCAAGAUGCAGAGUUGGCUGUCACAUCAAAUAUUAGUCCAGAAGGCGUGGAGAAAACUGGUGCUCCUGCUGAUACCGCAUCACCUUCUAGUAUGCAAGUGGCUGCAGGUGGAGGUGGAGGUGCUGCACCUUUGAUGUCAAUUGCAGACAAUGCUGCUGCUGCUUCAGCUUCCAUUCGCAUGCUUCGGGUGAACUUGAGAACCUAUGCACUGGAUCAAAUGGUGCAAGUUGCAACCUCUUCAGCAGGAUUGCGAACUAUUAAGCGUGUUGAACAGUUCUUACAAGAGCUUAAGGUGAAUUUGAAACCCAAAGUCCCUACUAAAGCUGUUUGUGCAGAGCAUCUGGAAUUGAGAAUGAUAAAAAAAUCAAUAACCAAAUAUAUGAUGAUGCAGGAAAAACUGGUGGUCAGCAGUCCAUGGUUGAUGAAAGCGAAUAGCUCUGGAGUUAGAAGAGGAAAAGAAAGCUCAAGCUGA